AUGUCCCAGGCUGCUCAGCCAGCAGCAGCGUCCGACAGCCCAGCAAACGCCACAAAGUCGACCAAGUCCGCAGCUUCUCCCGCCGCCGCCUCUCCUGCGCCUUCUGCCGCCUCCUCGUCCCGCUCGCGCUCACGCAGAGCCAAGACCGACACAAAGGCGCCCGCGAAAACAUCUGCACACUCCGCUACCGCGCCAGAUGCAGCAUCGAGCACCUCAGUAGCAGCGACAGCGCAGAACAGCUCCACCUCAGCAGCGGCCGCCGCCACCACCGCCGAUCCCAACACCUUGGUCAAACCCACCAGCACUCGCCGUUCGCGAUCCAAAAAGGACAAGGAAAAGAGCGCAUCGGCCAAGCAGCAAAAGACAAAGGCAAAGACCAAGGUCGUCAUCCGCCGCCUGCCUCCCAACGUACCCGAACACAUCUUCUGGAACAGCGUAGCCACCUGGGUCCGCGACGCCGCCCAGGCAAAGGCGCUCAGCGAUGCAGCGCGACAGAACCACGAUGCCGCCUCCAGCCAGCCCUCGGCCGCGCCGACGGUCCUCGAGCCCACUGUCGACUACAAGCUCUUCAUCCCGGGCAAGCUGAAAGCCGAUCCCAACAAGGAGAAUGUCUGCUCGCGAGCCUAUGUCCGCUUCCUAGACCCUGCCAUGCUGGUCGAGUUCCACAGGAACUUUGACGGACACAUCUUCCGCGACAGCAAGGGCAACGAGAGCAUUGCCGUCGUCGAGUUUGCCCCGUACCAGAAGACGCCCACCGAACGACGACGGAAGCCGGAUGCCAGGCAGGGCACCAUCGAGGCGGAUGAGGAGUACAAAAAUUUUAUCUUCAGUCUCGAGGCCAAGCAGGCCGAACGGACUGAAAACAAGACCGAUGCCGAGCUGAUGGCUCACCUCGCGCAGAGCACCGAAAAAGUGAAGGACCCAUCGGCGACGAAAAAGUCGACGCCGCUGCUGGACCAUCUUCGCACACUCAAGGCCGCACGCGCCGAGUCCUCUGCGCUCGCCGCUGCAAAGUCCUACAAGAACCCGUACGCCUACCAGUACCCCGACGAAAAGUCGCAUCCGUCGUCGUCGUCGAAGAGCGCGUCCUCGAAAAAGUCGAGCAGAUCCAGCAAGGCCGCGGCCGGAGAGGCGGGAGAAGCUCCGGCGAAGCGAUCGUCGAAGAAGGGAGAGGCUGUCAAGGAAGCCAGGACGGCCGAGUCGGCUUCUACGCCCGCCUCAUCCGCCUCUGCGCCUGCCGCCGGUGCGGGCAAGCGCGCGGCCAAGGCAGCGACGAGCGGGCGUGCCUUUGGAGCGGCGCUUUCGGGAGCACUCGGAUCGGCCGCCCCGUCGUCGGCCAGAUCCAACAAGGCGACGGGCGGGAAAGGCAAGGAAAAGGCGGAAGAGGGAGGGGGCGUCGAAAGCGGCAAAGCGACCAGUGCCAAGUCGGCGCCUCCUACCCGAGCCAACGUCGAGCCUGCGGCAGAGACAAGUGGGAAGGCCAGUCGCGCCACUGGUGAAUCGACAAAGGGGCAGGGACGAAACCGCGGUCGCAACGCAGCUGCCAAGGCUGAUGCGGGCGAGGCGACGGCGGAAAGCGCCGGCAGCACCGCUCCAUCGGCGCCUGCGACGCCAACGACGGCACCCUCCGCGGACAAGAAAGCUGCAUCGGCGUCGUCGUCGUCGAGGCGCGACAAGAAAUCGGGCUGGUCAAGCGGUCCCGCCUCGGGCAAGGGCGAGGAGGCGGCAGGAGGCGGCGGCAAGAUGACGAUCCUGAAGCGGGAUGCACAGACUGCUUCUGUACCCACCAGCGCGGCCGCUACGGUCGAAUCGUCGGGCGCAACCGGCGGCGAAGCGAGGGAAAAGGACAAGGAGAGGAAGAAGGAGAGCAGUGACAAGGACAAGGACAAGGAAAAGGGGAAGAGGAGGAGGACGAGGCCCGUCUCGAAAGGCGGCGAGGCUGCCGGUCCGGAAAAGGCGGCGACCUCGGCUCAGCCCGGCCAGGCCAUCUGGGACUGA